AACAUGCAUCGAAGGCCAUCCAUCCUUAAUAUUUAAUUUGAAUGAACGAAAGUCUUCUUCUUCUUCUUUUUUUUUUAAAGAAUCUGUCUUUGUGUCUCAAACAAAAAUAUGGGAUCACAAUUCCAGACUCAGCGUCAUAGUGACACUGAGGAGGAGGAAAGUGAUUACGAAGAUGAGUUUGAAAUUGUUAGCAAGAUGAAGAUUAAGGAAGAAUUACAUGCAAGUUGGGACCAGCCAACCGGGUGUAUUGUCUUCCACGAUGUUGAGCACACAAGGCUACAAGUGUUGGCAUUCCAAUUGACUAAGAAGCUUUUAGUUCUUCUUAAAAGUAAUGAGAGGGCAGUAAAGGCAAGGAUUGGUGGUGGUGGAGGAUUAAAUCUACCCAUCAGGCAGGAGAAAACCAUUAUUAUGCAGCUGUGGCUUUUGAUCAAGUUGCUGGAGGGGGCUAUCGGUCCAAUCAGUCGCGAGAAGCAGUUAGAUAUUUCAAGAGGAUUGCUUCAUCGAUUAAAGGUUCCUAGAUGGAUGCUUCAAGCCACAUGGUCAGUCUUAACCAUGGGGCGCAAGAUGAUAAGAUUUGUGUUUGAAUCCAAUGCGCUGGUGGCACUAAAGCACAAGGCUAGAAGCAAAACCGUAAAGAGACCCCUGCACCACGGUUGUAGCCUCAGCGCUUUCAUCUGGAAAUCUGCGGUUGCAGCUUCCAAAUUGUUUGAUCUCGUCUGGAAAUCCUAAGAACCUCUCUGUUACUCAAAGCAAUGAAAUUGAAGGACAAGA